AUGGAGGUUUUCUACUACUUGGUCUUCGGAGCCAUGGCUGCCGUAGUGGCAGCGUUGGAGCUAAGCAAAACAAACAAGGAUCGGAUCAACACUUCUUCUUCCUUCAAUUCCUUCAAGAACAAUUACCUCGUUGUUUUCUCGAUUAUGAUGGCUGGGGACUGGCUUCAGGGUCCUUAUGUGUAUUACCUUUACAGCACUUAUGGUUACGGAAAACGAGAUAUCGGUCAGCUAUUCAUUGCCGGUUUUGGUUCGUCAAUGUUGUUUGGAACCAUUGUUGGAUCUCUGGCUGACAAACAGGGUCGAAAGAGGGCAUGUGUUACAUACUGCAUAACUUACAUACUAAGCUGCAUCACCAAGCACUCUCCACAGUACAGAGUUUUGAUGGUCGGCCGUAUCUUGGGUGGUAUUGCUACAUCUCUCUUGAAUUCAGCUUUCGAAUCUUGGCUCAUUGCAGAGCACAACAAGAGGAACUUUGACCAACAGUGGCUUUCACUGACCUUCUCUAAGGCUGUUUUCCUUGGGAAUGGUCUGGUGGCUAUUCUCUCCGGCUUGUUUGGAAAUCUUCUUGUCGACACUUUUUCCUUAGGUCCUGUUGCUCCCUUUGACGCUGCUGCGUGCUUUCUUGCAAUUGGAAUGGCCAUCAUAUUGGCAACGUGGUCUGAAAAUUUCGGAGAUCCAUCUGACAGCAAAGACUUGCUGACUCAGUUCAAAGUUGCUACCAUAGCAAUUGCUUCAGAUGAAAAGAUUGCAUUGCUGGGUGCUAUUCAAUCUCUAUUUGAAGCCUCAAUGUACACAUUUGUUUUCCUCUGGACACCAGCUCUCAGCCCAAACGACGAAGAAAUUCCACAUGGCUUCGUCUUUGCAACCUUCAUGUUGGCCUCAAUGUUGGGAAGCUCUCUUGCAGCUCGUCUCAUGUCUCGCUCAUCUCUCAGAGUCGAAAACUACAUGCAAAUCGUCUUUCUAGUCUCUGCUGCUUCUCUUCUUCUUCCCAUCACGACAAGCGUCUUGGUGACGCCGUCAAAGGUGAAAGACGAAGGCUUGUCGCUAACUAGCUCCAUUCAGCUGCUUGGUUUCUGUGUUUUUGAGGCUUGUGUGGGAAUUUUUUGGCCAUCAAUGAUGAAGAUGAGAUCACAGUAUAUCCCAGAAGAAGCACGAAGCACCAUAAUGAAUUUCUUCCGUGUUCCGCUCAACAUAUUUGUCUGCAUCGUCUUGUACAACGUGGACGCAUUUCCGAUCACAAUCAUGUUUGGUAUGUGCUCAAUAUUCCUCUUUGUAGCCUCCAUAUUACAACGGCGGCUUAUGGUCAUCUCCGAAAAGGCAAAGGCAGGAGAUUGGAGUCCAAUGAAGGAACGAAACUCUGAAGUUGAUCCUCUUAACCUAUGA